UUCUAUUAUCUCAAAGUUGUCUUUUUUUUUUUUUCCUGGUUGAACUUUGGAAUUAGUAGUUCACUUUAUCAAUUGACACUAGGAAGGAGUAAUUAAAUCGUACGGAUUAUUUUCUGUUGCCCUUUUGAAUGUGGAGAUUUUUCGGCGCUCGACUAAAAGUAAUAUGCUAGUGCUUAUUGGAUCAUAUUUACCAUGAGUAGUUUCUUUUUUAUUUCUUUGGACUGCUUGUAUGAAAAGCACAAUCUUUCAGUUUCAUUUUCCUUUAAUUUUCAGGACUUCCUUUGCCGUUUAAAUCAUUCAGUUGUGUUCUUUAAGUUAGGCAGCUAGAUUAAACUCUUUCUUGAAAUCUAUUAAGAGAGAUUAUUGUUUCUCUCAUUUGGAGUUCUUUGGAAUAAUAAGGGAAGUUAACUCCUUUUGAUCCAAUUUGUUUCUCACUUUCACUUCUUAGGGUUAAUUUGACCAAUUUCUGGUCGUUUUCUAAUUGAUCAAUUGGAAAUAAAUUUUAGAUGUUUAUAAACAAUAUACAAAAGCUACUCUAAAUUGUGAUUCUUUUCAUAUCAAACUGAAAUUAGAAUAUUAAUCAAUCCUUCAAUUUCACAACAACAACAACAUACCCAGUAUAAUCCCACAAAGUGGGGUAAUCCAUCAAUUUCACAUCAAUCCCAAAAUUAGUGAGGUUGGCUGGUAUCCAUUUUCGGAGAUUCAUCAUAGUUGAACUAUUUUUACGCCAUCAGCCUACCAAAACCUUUCUUUUUACUAGUCUGAGGACGUGCAUUGCUUUGCGACAUAAUGGAGUUAAAAUGACAAAUAAUAUGUUUUAAAAUAUUAACUCAAGGAUCAUUUUGGUUUACUAUCGGGAAGCAAAAUGUGGCGACCAUCUUGGUACAGAGUAAGUUGCCAAUUAGUGGUGUGGUAUGCGUUGCUGGAGUAUCUCCAAUUCUCUGAACUGCAAGCUGAAAAGUGAGAUAAUUUGCCAGCUAUUCAAUGGCCCAGGAUAUUCUUUCCAAUGCUGAUUCGCCUCGAAGAAGGUCGGGCCUAUUACGAGAUCAAGUUCAAUUGGUAAAGAGAAGCAACUCUUCUCGUUAUGAGAUAGUCCCAAUUCAAGAUCAGCUAUCAUUUGAGAAGGGUUUCUUUAUAGUAAUCCGUGCAUGCCAGUUGUUGGUUCAGAAGAAUGAAGGAAUUGUACUGGUGGGAGUCGCUGGUCCUUCGGGGGCCGGAAAGACCGUUUUCACAGAAAAGAUCCUGAAUGUUAUGCCUAGUAUUGGUAUCAUAAACAUGGACAACUACAAUGAGCCCAGUCGUAUCGUUGAUGGAAACUUUGACGAUCCACGCUUGACCGACUAUGAGACUCUACUUGAGAAUAUACAUGGGCUGAAAGCGGGGAAGCCUGUUCAAGUUCCUAUAUACGAUUUUAAAUCAAGCUCUCGCGUGGGUUAUAGGACACUAGAAGUUCCAAGCUCUCGAAUUGUUAUAAUUGAAGGGAUAUACGCCUUGAGUGGGAAAUUGAGGCCAUUGCUAGAUCUUCGUGUGUGUGUCACUGGUGGAGUGCACUUUGACUUAGUGAAACGGGUUCUUAGGGACAUCCAACGUGCUGGACAAGAGCCCGAGGAGAUAAUCCAACAAAUCUCUGAAACGGUGUAUCCUAUGUACAAAGCCUUUAUUGAGCCUGAUCUACAGACAGCUCAUAUCAAAAUUAUCAACAAGUUUAACCCGUUCGCUGGAUUUCAGAACCCCACAUAUGUUUUAAAGUCAACAAAAACUGUGACUGUAGACCAGAUCAAGGCUGUGUUUUCAAAUGAAUACAAGGAAACUACAGAGGAAACUUACGAUAUUUAUCUCCUACCUCCUGGUGAAGAUCCUGAAGCUUGUCAAUCUUAUCUGAGGAUGAGGAACAAGGAUGGAAAAUACACUCUUAUGUUUGAGGAAUGGGUUACAGAUAAUCCCUUUAUUAUAUCACCCAGAAUCACCUUUGAGGUCAGUGUACGACUUCUUGGUGGGUUGAUGGCAUUAGGAUAUUCAAUUGCAACCAUUUUGAAAAGGAGCAGCCACAUCUUCUCUGAUGACAAGGUUUGUGUGAAAACAGAUUGGUUGGAGCAACUUAAUCGUCGCUAUGUUCAGGUGCAAGGAAGAGAUCGCUUACAUGUAAAAUAUGUUGCUGACUCUCUGGGUUUGGAUGGUUCAUAUAUUCCUCGCACUUACAUCGAACAAAUUCAGCUGGAGAAGCUUUUAAACGAUGUUCUGACCAUGCAGGCAUUGCCAGCUGAUCUGAAGACAAAGCUGAGCAUAGAAGAUGAUUUUGUCUCAAGCCCUAGAGAAGCUUUGUCCCGAGCCUCGGCAGAUAGGAGAACAAAGUUUCUAAAUCGCGGUAUCUCACAGUCAUACUCAACACAACGAGAAAAACACCUGUCCAAGCUGACAAAACUUGCGGUUAAUAGUAGAAGAUAUGAUGGGAGAACCCCUGAUUCUCCAGCGCCAGUGGCUAAUCAGGGAGUUGUUUCUCAACUUUCAGAACAAAUUUCCACACUGAGUGAGCGAAUGGAUGAGUUUACAUCUCGGAUGGAAGGGCUAAACUCAAAAAUAUCUGCCAAUAGAGUUUCUGCUAGUCAACAAAAUUUGGCAGUGCAGGCUGAAUCUUGCAAUGGUUCCGCACCCACUUCUCUUUUCGUGGCUGGUUUAGGCAAUGGCUCAUUGACUGGUUCUCUUUUACCUCAUUCAUCAUCGGCUUCCCAACUGGCAAGAGAAUCUUCUUUAUUGGAAGAGGUAAUUCUCAUUGGGAGAUCGCAGCGUCAGAUUAUGCACCAGAUAGACAAUCUGAGCAAUAUCCUUCGUGAGCUCAAUGGAGAAAGAUCCCGCCAAGGGAGAAUGGAUAGGACCGACGGAAUGGCUGAAGUUAUUGAAUCAAUUGGUGUUCCUCUGCUUCUCACUCUUGCUAUUGGUGGUGUAGGCAUCUUCUUGUUCAGGACCUUGUCUCAAAAAUAACUUAUUCAGCUAAUGCUACUGAAAUAGUGAACUAGAAGAUGUACAUAUAUUAAGAAAAAAAAAAUUAACAGUGUAAAUGUAUAUGUUUUUAACCUUGUUAUCUUUGAAGAUCCAAUAAAUACAUGAAGAGGAUGAAAUAGUCGUCUCUUGCAGAUGGAGAGAAUAUUCUUCUUGGAUGAUUAGUGUAAAAGUGUAGUGGGGCUGGUAUCUUCUUGGUUCUGUAUCCUUGACUCCUUGUUU